AUACAAUACAAGCGACAUUUUGUCUCUUGAACGUAGUGUUUAAAUUCUUUGAUAUAAAUAAUUUCUAACGUUUGUUGCGAAAUUGCAACUGAGAUUAGAUGGUUUAUUUAACCUUAAUAUUAUAUCCUUUGUGCUUCAAUUAUUCUUUAUGUAACCAACUUACGUGUCUUGUCUUAUGUUUGUAAACAUGAACUUAUCCGAUAUAGUUGGAACAUAUUCAAGCAAAUCAAACAAAAACAACUAUGUAAGCCUCUAUAAUUCCCCAUUGGGUAAUAUAAUUACAGCGGCAGAUGACGAGUAUUUGUAUGCUGUGUGUUUUGAGGAUACAAAAAAUAUGGAUAAAAUAUUUAAAAAUAUAGCAGAAUCGAGUUCAUGUAAUUUUGUACAUGAACAAAAUAAAACUUUAAAACAAUUUCAUUCAGAACUAACAGAUUAUUUCAAUGGAAAACUUAAAAAGUUUUUGACCCCUAUCAAAACAAUUGGUUCUGAAUUUCAAAAGGAAGUCUGGAAUAAAUUGGUUGAACAACCAUAUGGUUCAACACAAUCCUAUGCUGAUCUGGCCAAAUCUUUAGGAAGAUCGAGUAGUCAUUCCAGAGCAAUAGGUGCUGCAUGUGGUGCAAAUGCACAUCUCAUUGUUGUACCAUGUCAUAGAAUAGUAGCAUCAGCACACAAAGGUGGAUUCUCCUGUGGAAUAGAUCGCAAAGAGUGGUUAUUAAAUCAUGAGAAAAAGUACUCUUCCACAAAAUAGGUCUUUAAUAUAAGUGUGUAUCUUAAAAGAUGUGGUAUGCUAAUUUAAGUUCUUGGCUUCUUAAUAUUUUUAGCUUUCUGCCUUUUUAUAUUGAGAGGCAUUAGGGUCAAUUAAAAACUUCAACUGUUGACUAUCACCAUGAUUGUGCUCGAAGUACAAUCAUCUUCACCCACCAUAUACCAAUGUGACUUCGGUUUUGGAAUGGAUAUGUCUAUUAUUGUUUGACACCUUACUGAUACCGGUCUACUACAAUCAUAAAUGAUUAAACUAAUUUAUUAGUAGUAGGUACAGCAUUAGAGAUAACUAUUCUGUGAUAAUACUUUUAAGUACUGUGAACAAAAACUGAAUAGUAUAAAAACUAAUUAAAUACUGUAAAUGAAAAUUUUGUGAACCCAGAAAUAUAACUGUAUGUCAUUUAUAAUAGUAACUAUUAAGUUGUGUAACUAGUUAAAAAAUUUAUUACACAGAUUUAAUAAAUUAUAUGUACGAUAUAUAUAUAUAUAUAUAUAGUAUAUACAACAUAGUAGGUCCCUGUAUUAAUUCAAUGAUAAAAUUUAAAUACUAUCCAACAGAACUAAAAAAAAAUCUAAUGAGCAGGUCAGGCUAAUUGCAAGCAAACCUUAGAUUAACAUUUCAUUAUUUUACUUCUAAAUUUGUGCAGUAAGUAAAAAAUUAAAUAAUUGCUUGCAAUUUGCGUAGACCAAAAAGAUGGCAUAUACUAGACAGCCAUGAUUAAAUAUAGAGAAAUUCCUAUUGAGGAAUCUACUCUGAUCACCUAUAAUCUCAGUAUGCAUGUGUUCAUAGUGUCUUGACUGAUUGCAUGAUAAAAUUAUGUAAAAAAAACAAUAUCAGACCACCUAAAUAACUGUCUUUCAAUCUUUUAUCUAUUCAUCAUCAAUAAUAGGAAACAUAACAUAUUAUUUGCUUGAUUAUUGAUAGUGCUUUGUUUAUAGAUGACCUGAUGAGUUUAUUAAAUUUUGUGUGGAACAUUAUAUCUGCCUUUAACGAAACUUCUUCACUACCACCAUCACUCUGUCAAGAGCAUAUUGAUUAAAGACAACAAAGAAGUAGUAUCCAUGAAGAUGGCCACUUAUUCUUUAUGUAAUUAUAAAGAACUGUGGGAUGGCACUAUUUAUACUGCACUAUUGAGCAAAAUUGAAACAUAUCUACAUUCAUUAAAUUUAGAAUAGACAGCCCAAUGCACUUGAUAUUUUCAGUGAACUUCACCUUUCAAGGUGUGGUUCCCUGUAUUCAACAAGAAUGAUUGCGGUCUCCCAAGAUCGUGACAAUCAGUGGUUGAUUGUCAGUGCAGCCUCUUUUUUUAAUGAAAAUAAGGGAUGAGACAAGCAGGAUAUUCAGCUGAUGGUAAUUGAUACGGCCUGCCCAUUACAAUGCAGUGCCACUUAGGAUUCUUGAAAAUAAAAACCCAAAAAUUCUGAGUGGCACUACAACUGCGCUCAUCACCUUAAGACAUAAGAUGUUAAGUCUCAUUUGCCCAGAAAUUUCACAAGCUAGGACGCCCUUCAAACCGAAACACAGUAAUGCUUAUACAUUACCCCUUCACGGUAGAAAUAAGUGCCAUUGUGGUAGCCUAAUCUAGCCCGUAUCCCAUGCAAUUUACCUGAAAGUGCUACGAUAAGACCAUUAUUACUAUUAAUAUUUAUUUAUAUAUUUAUAUACUAUUAUUGUUACUGCUGUAAUUCCUUGGUAUUUGUAGCAGUGAAUUCCGGAGCCAAGUUACUGGCACCAGCAACCUUCAUAUCCGAGUCUCCUAUUGUCAAUUCAUUCCCCAAAUCAUUGCCGCUUAUCCAAAUUGUGUUCGGUGCUCCUGUUAUCGCAGGCAAGUUAUUGUAAUCUGUUGAGUGUUAGAAUGCAGGUUAUUUUGUGCCAUGCCUGCACAGCAAUAAUGCACAUUGUUUUAUAUUUUCAUAGGCAUAAGAGUUCAACUCCCCAUUUUGAUCCAUCCGUGGAUCCAAAUAAACAAACGUUGCUUAGCGCCCAGAGCGGUCCAGUCUUAUUCCCUGGUGGUUGACAUGGAUUUGACACUAUGUUAUCACUUAACAGUUAUCAGUGUCCAGCUGUACCUGAUGUCAGAGCAUUUACGUUUAUAUUAUUCAUGAAUGUCACGAUAUCGGUAUUUCAAAAGGUAAAUUCACAGCCCGGCUAGCUCAGUCGGUAGAGCAUGAGACUCUUAAUCUCAGGGUCGUGGGUUCGAGCCCCACGUUGGGCGUGAACCGAUUUUUGAAUUAAUCAUUUAAUUUUUAAGAAGUCAAAUAAUUUUUAAAAUGUUAUUUAUGACAUUUUUGUAGAAUUUGUCUAAUAAUAAGAUACAAUAAAACAAUUAUGAAUAAAAUCGAUAAAUUCGGCAGACAUUUACCUUUUUUGGCAAUCUACCACUUCCUCCCAAAAUAGCACCGAUAUACUUAAUGACAAUUUAUUUUUAGUUUUCACAUUCCCUAUAUUAUGUUUACAAACCUAAGACUCACAUGUAUUCAAAAACUAAAAUGGAGACGAACUAGUAGAUGCAGUAACCAAUUGUACAAAACUUAUAAUGGACAAAACUUGUAAUGAUGCAAAAAAUUAACCAGGAUAUCAUAUUAUGUACCCUUAUUACUCUAAUGCUCUAGUGCAGUCAAAUUAUUUUAUUAUCUCACUAGGGCCGCGGCCGUAGGUAAUAAAAAGUUUACUAGCGUAAUUGAAGCGAAAUAAUAUCCACGUUACGUACAAGUGUAUUGAAAAAUCUGUUUACAUUUCGUUUCUAGUUCUACCUUGCAACACUAUUAAGUGAAUAAAAUUCUGACAUGGC